CUCCUCUCUCGUUUGUCAAGAAAGAAAUCAGUUCUCCGUUUUCUUGUGACUAAUCUUCGCUGCCACAGUUGAUGGAUCGUCCACCGGACACCAUGGUUGAAGAGAAAGAAGAGCUCAUGGUUUCACCAACUGGUGGAGACCCAUUUCACAAAAUAGCCCAUUUUCUGAAACCGAUAGUGCCUUCCUCUGUUUUUAAGUUCCCUAAUGAAUCUUUCUCCUCCCUCCCUUCACAUUUUGGGCCAAGAGAAUGCCCUUUAGAGGUAGAAUUCCCUGGGUGGAGAAUUCAGCUUCAAGAAGAUUGGACUGCUUGGGUUGACCGAUUGGCUUCACUUCACCAAUCCACAUGGAAGAAAGCUGGUAUAUAUGAAGCAAUCUUCAACUCGACGUACCAAAUAAGAAGAAACACCGAGUUGAUAUAUGGGUUGGCAGAGAAAUGGUGUUCUGAAACUAAUAGUUUCAUUUUUGCAUGGGGUGAAGCAACAAUUACAUUAGAGGAUUUGAUGGUGAUGGGUGGCUAUUCCGUUCUUGGAGAGUCGAUUUUCAACCUUCUUGAAAACAGAGAGCUCAAGGAAAUAGAAGAGAAACUUAAUGAAGUGAGAACAGAAAUAAACAGGGGUGCGUCGCGCAGACCUUCCGCUAGCUUAUGGUUGAAGAAGUUCAAAAACAAUGGCAGUGAAUUGGAGCAUGAAGCAUUUCUUGUGAUGUGGUUGUGCAGAUGCUUGAGGGCCAGUGAGCUGUCUGGAUUUGGUACUAUUGAGCAGUACCUUCCACAUAGAGUAGCAAUGCAGUUUGGAUUUGAUCAAGACAUUCCAUGUGUUGUCGCUCGAUCCAAUCAGAGUUCUGAUAGAGCUUGGAAUCAUUACAUCAAGAAAUUUGGGAAUGCUAGUUUAUAUGUUCCAUCCAGGUUUUUGAAGGCAUAUAUAAGCACAAGAUACUUGAAGUGGUGGAAGGAAUCAAUGUUGGGUCUCAAAAAGACUAUCACUCCAAAAUUAAAGAAAUCAAAGUGUAUUGGAGGAUCACAAAUGAGGGCUAAACCAGCCCCUGUACAUCCUGGUUCUGCCCCCAAGAAAGCUGUAGAAGGAUCUAAGAAACGGAAGAAGAAUCACGAUUUCAUCCUUCCUUCUGUUUCUAAUCCAAAGUAUUCCGAAAAAUUGGAGCUGCUUUCAAAAGGAAGGAAUGAAGAAAGUUUCGUUGAUACUAUGAAGUCAACGAGAUCAGGGACAGAGGAUUUGUUGAAUGAAGUUUUGAUUGAAGGGUCCAAGGCUGACAGAAACUUGAAAAAUGUUAUUGGGAGUACUGCAAGAAGUUCAGAUAUGGCAAGCAUUGUUGACAGUGAAUGUGCUAGCAACAGCUCUCUAAAUGAGAAACGGGUGUCAGUGCUUAAAGAUAGGGUCAGCAGGCUUGGAUUUAUAACUAGUGUGUUAAUAGCAAAUUAUUCUGGGAACAAGCUAGAGCAAAAGCUUAUGAAACAAGCCCCGCUCUGAUAUGGGAAAAUGGAGGAUGACAGUCAACUCUGUCAAUCAGAAACUUGGUUCUUUGUAGAUAUUUAAUGGAUUGCUUAGAAUGCAGUUAUAGGGCUGGGGAGAGCAGGAGUCGAACUCUGCAAAUAUCAGAAACUUUUGUCUUUAAUUUGUAGAUAUGUAGUCUAACUAUGUUAAGGGAAGGAUAGACCGGGAAUUGAACUCUGCAAAUAUCGGACCUUUUCUCUGUUGCAGAUACUCUAUAUCUAACAAGGCAGCCAGAAUCUUCUGGAAACUAGUUCUUUGAGAUCUCUUGAACUCAGAUCAGUUUUUCCUGCGGACACGCAUAAUUUUUCAAGGCCACACUCAAAUUGAGCCCUGCUGCAUGCCAUUAUAUCGACAGCAAAUCCUUUAGAUAAUACUUUAGACCCAAUUCUAGAUAGGAGUUUUCAAGUUGCUUUCCCUUCAGUAAUGGGAGCAGGUCAUAUUGAUCCAUGUAUCUUUGCUAGUCCACAAGCCAAGUACCACAUGCAUUCAAUAACACUCCUCCAGCAUUCCCUCUCCAGCAUUCCCUCUCCAUCUGCCUCCAGCUGAUAUGGUGAUCAUUCUCCGGCUCAUAUGAAGUUCGGUAUUCACUGUUGGAAAAGUAAACCAAGCCUUAUUUAAAUAAUUGUCACUCCUAUUGUAAUAGUUACCUAGUUAAGUGCUUUAGUGUGGUAGUGUUGUUUGAAGUACUCUAGGUGGACUAUUCUAGGCUGCUGUCCUUUUGGCGUAAAGUACUUUAGCAUGCCGUCUCUUUUGGGUUUAGAGCAGCUUUUGCUUUAAACUAUUAGUUGUUGCUGCACAUCUAUUAUAUAUGGUUGUGCCUCUUGUAAUUUGCUAGUAGCUGUGAAUGACAAAUGCAUCUAAACCACAUGUAUUAAAUAA